CAUUCUUAAAGUACUCAACUUCACAAACCGAGAAAAAAAAUACGCAAAAAGAUUUCCUCUUCGACUCUUCUACAUCAAAUCUGCCUCUGACUUCCUCUUUGGAUUCUUCUUUGUAUUAGGAUAAGUCCAUGUUGUUCGAUCGAUAAUCGGAGUUUUAGAUUUGGCAAAAUUAGGCAAUAUGUUGGAAGGAGCGUAGCUGUCAUGCUUCAAAGGUGUAAAAACUUCCUACGUGGCGUCGCUAUUAACUUGUUGAUUUAAUAUUAUCCACCAUACCAAGCAGCCUUCGGAACACUCGCCAUGGCAGCAAAAAGAAUUUUUAAUAUCAUCGUAAUCACAUCAACUUUCUGGUUUUCAGUGACGGUUCUCGUGUUGAUGUUCAGUAAUGAUAUGACUCGAGAAUCUCUAACUAUGCUUAACUCGCCCAUAGUAUUACCAAAUGCAAAGAACCACAAGUAUAUGAUUGGUGCUGGUGUCCAGCCUUUACAGCCUAAUGCCAAGCACAUCAAGUAUCCAUGGGAGAAAGACAAUGCUGAUGAUUCUAGGGGGAUUUUAGCGAGUGCUAAGGUCAUGAUGGGAGUUAUCCCAAGAAAAAACCAAGGAUCCAAGAGAAAAAUCUAUGAUGCCAGCAUUGGAAAAAUGAAAGAUACUAUGAGCUUAGGCGAGGGCGGAAAACCUGCUUUUUUACAAAAUGACAACGAUAAGAAACUAGCAGAAAAGUUCUUUGCAAAUCACUCUUUCAAUUGGCUUUUAAGCGACCGAAUAUCUUUGGAUCGAACUCUUGAAGACGUUCGAAGUGAAAGGUGUAAAGCCAAGCAUGACACCUACCCACUAAAUCUUCCUACUACGACUGUUAUCAUCUGUUUUCACAAGGAAAGACUAUCAGUUUUGCUGCGGACAGUACAUAGUGUUAUCAAUAGAACUCCUCCUCAUUUAUUGAAGGAAGUCAUUGUUGUGGAUGAUUUUAGCCAAGACCCUAAACUUGCCAAGCCAUUAGAUGACGGCAUUAAAGAGUUCACCAAAGUAAAAGUACUAAGAAUGACUAAGAGAGAAGGUCUAGUCCGUGCUCGGCUUCAAGGAGCUUACCAUGCAAAGGGAGAUGUUCUCACAUUCCUUGACUCACAUUGUGAGGCUACACCUGGUUGGGCAGAGCCCUUGCUGGCAAGGAUAGCAGAGAGUAGGGCCAAUGUUGUCUGUCCAGCUAUUGAGGUUAUCAAUGCUGACACCUUUGCAUAUCAAGGAUCUACUAAUGCUGAUCAGCGGGGAGGAUUCAGUUGGGAUUUAUUUUUUAAGUGGAAAGGAAUUCCUCCUGAGGAACAGAAGUUGAGAAAAGACGAUUCUGAUCCAAUCAGAACACCGACAAUGGCCGGAGGUCUGUUUUCAAUUCAUCGCCAAUACUUCUUUGAUCAAGGAGCAUAUGACGAAGAGAUGGAUAUUUGGGGUGGAGAAAAUCUAGAGCUGUCUUUCAGGAUUUGGAUGUGUGGUGGUCGAUUAGAAAUAAUCACGUGUUCACGCGUUGGUCACGUGUUCCGUAAAUACACGAGCCCGUACAAAUUCCCGAACGGUGUUGAACAAACUUUGACGAAGAACUUCAAUCGUUUGGCUGAAGUCUGGAUGGAUGAAUACAAAGACCUGUACUAUAACAAGAAGCCUCAAGCAAAAAAUAACAAUUACGGAGACAUUAGUAAACGUGUGGAGUUAAGAAAGAGACUGGGAUGUAAGAGUUUUAAGUGGUAUAUUGAUAAUGUUUACCCGGAUGUGCAGAUGCCGGAACUAAAUCCUCCAGCAAGAGGAGAGCUUCGCAAUCCAGCAAGCGGUUACUGUCUGGACUCGCUUGGUGCUAAACCAGAACACAACGCUCGUGUUGGUAUUUACGUCUGCCAUGGCCAGGGAGGAAAUCAGAUGUUUGUACUAUCAUCGAAAGGAGAAGUUAUAUUCGAGGAAGAAAAUUGUUUAGAUGCGUCCAAGACGUACGCAGGGGCUCCUGUAGAACUGAUGAAGUGUCAUGGCUUGGGUGGAAAUCAGAAAUGGCAGCAUGAGAAGAAAGAGGGUAUUCUGAAGCACGUCAGUACACAACAAUGCCUCGAUCGAGGGUCUACAGACAACCAAUACGCAAUAAUGAACCCCUGUGAUGGCCGCGAAACUCAACGAUGGGUCUUCUCUCAUUACAGAGAAAAAUAAUUUAGUUAACUAACUAGAUUUGUAAUUAUAUAUAACUUAAAUCCUAGACGCUUUUAGAUAGAAUCCGAUGAUUGUUGAAUUGAAUCAUUUGUAAUAUUUCUUAUUGAUGGGACGUUAAUAUUUUUUAAACCUCAUUUUUAUAAAAACCCAAUUUUUGCCAAUAUGUACUAACCUCGCUUCACAUGAAUUUUGCAGGUACAUAAAUACAUAUUGGGCCACCUGUGUUAGCUCAAAAUGAAAGGCACUGAGCCCUAAAUCGUUCACGUUCUGCCUUGUUGCAUUGUAUACAGUCAAUUCAAAAAACGUUGUCGUCGACCAUCUCAAGCCUACGCGACUGGACCGAAAGGAACUCUGGGUAGCAAUCAUUGAAGCCGAGUUGACUCCAUAAUUUUAUCUGACUAGUUAUGCCUGGUUUAAAGCACGAACCUUCAUAGGCCAGCGGGAAGUAUUGAAGGAGACGUUUUUUUAAUGCUUUCAUAUUUUCGAAAUUGUGAACUGAAUCAUAACUUGUUUUUCUUUCCCUAAACCUAAAGACAUACAUUUGAUGGAUUGUUUCUCGCCAUUAUCAUCUUAUUACUAGCGGGACGAUUAAUUCAAAACGAAUAUUUAUCCGCUUCAGUGAUUUUUACCCAUAUUCCUUUCGGUCCAGUCGCGUAGGCUUGAGCAGGACGACGACAACGUUUUUUGAAUUGACUGUAGAUACUGACUUUCCGAACUACUGCACAUGCACAGCCACCAUUGCAUAACAUCUUUUAAGAUUAAGUAAUUUGCCUAAACUGACUUUGAUGUUAGACCAGGCAUAUUAUAUACAUUAAGAUACAAUAAAUGCUUUAUAUAAUU